GAAUCUACGAACCCGUCUGUAUGCGCCUUCUGCGCGCAUCGGCUUGGACAGGCUCGACGUCCAUCACACGUCCAGCGCCGUUUCCUACAAUCGUCUCGUCCGGUAUCGAAACCCCCAGCAGAGGCAGCUGCAUCACGAGAAGAUCAUAACAAUGGAGAAACGAAACCGGUAGCAGUGACCUGGGGGCGACCCAACGCUGGAAAUGGGAACUCUUUAGGUACUACCUAUACAUGGGGUCGACCUGGAGUUGGAAGGGGAGGAAUACCACCCGCUGGACCUGCGGGAAGCUGGGGUGGACCAAAUUCCAUCGGAAAUGGUAUACCAGCAGCGAAGAUACAGCCAGGCCGCUCGAACGAGACCCCAGAAACCAACGGCAUGUUGCCACAUGAGCAACGAGCAAGAGACUUGAUGAAGGAACAAGCUGCCCAAGCACAGCGAGCAAGAGAAUUGUUAGAAGAAAAGCGUAUCUCAUCACAACAGAGGCCAAUCACUAUCCCCACCGGACCCGGGCCGCAUACAACUCGAGCAGGGCGUCCUUAUCCUCGUCAACGUACCCAACAAGAGCUGAUGGAGGAAGGUCGGAGGGCACUCGAACGUGAGGGAGCUCGAGAACGGCAGAGAGAAGCAGGAGCUAGAGCUCCACCUAUCCGACGCAUUGGGCAUGUUAUGGGUGACGCUCCGCCUGCGUCUCGGUCAAAUCAACAAUCGGAAGACUUUCCCGGUUGGGCGCAUUUGAAGCGACAGUCUAAAACAGUUGCUCGGGAUGAAGCCAAGGGCCCAGAAAUAACGAGGCCUAUCGAUAGAUUUGUGGAAGGUCGAGCUCAAAGGGAAGAGCAGGCUAAGUGGGGACGUUAUACACCUCUGGGCAACAGGUCAGCUACCCCUCCACGGGAUUCCACGUUCAGUACCAGACGGGAACCGUAUCAGCAGGAGGACCAGUCACGGUGGGGUGCCGGUAGAGGUGCUCAAAUUUCACCCCAGCAAGCUGCUGAAAAAAGUAUAUGGCAAUCAGAAUCUCGGGAUCAGAGAAGUGAGUUAAAUGGGAAGCAGGAUCCUGAACCAACCAUUUCCUGGAGCCCCAUUCGUAAAGCGGCAGGUGUCGGCCAAACUCCUAAGGUUGAAGAGAGGGAAAAGGCCGAACAAGCUCCCAGGGCAGAAGAAAGCAAAAAGGCUGAACCUCAAUAUGACGAGUUGAAACGUCCAGCCCGUGAAAGCCGGGGAAAGAAAGCAAGUCCACGAUUUGAAUCGGAUGAUAAACCAAGCUACAACAAAAUGCCAAAUGGUAAAGAACGAGAUAAAGCCAAGCGGCGCGAGCGGUUCGUUAAUCAAGAUGAAGUCGAGGAUGCUGCACGGCAAGAAGCCCGAGAACGUGCGGAGCUAAAGAAGCAGCGGAAGCGCGAAAAGGUUGCCAGAAAACCAAUUCCAAUUAUGCUCCCGGAAUACAUCACUGUGUCCAAUUUAGCAAUUGCACUACAUGUUAGGCUCGAGGAAUUCGUUUGGAAGAUGCAGGAGUUGGGCUUCGAAGAGACAAAUCACGAUUUCAUCUUGAAUUCGGAAAACGCUGGCCUCAUUGCAAUGGAAUACAAUUUUGAUCCCAUUAUCGAUCGUGGCGAUUCGGAAGAUUUGAAAGCACGACCACCGGCCGAAGAUCCGUCUAUACUGCCCCAAAGACCUCCUAUUGUGACAAUCAUGGGACAUGUCGACCAUGGAAAGACCACUAUCCUCGAUUACCUGCGAAAAUCAUCUGUUGCUGCGACAGAGCAUGGAGGAAUUACACAACAUAUUGGAGCAUUCUCCGUACCAAUGCACUCCGGCAAGACCAUCACAUUUUUAGAUACUCCUGGCCAUGCGGCAUUCCUAAACAUGCGUCAGCGAGGUGCCGUUGUUACAGAUAUUGUGAUUUUGGUAGUUGCAGCAGAUGAUAGUGUCAAGCCUCAGACCAUUGAAGCAAUCAAGCAUGCUAAAGCAGCUAACGUGCCUAUAAUGGUAGCCAUCAACAAAGUUGAUAAAGAAGAGGCAAACAUUGACCGGGUCAAGCAAGAUCUUGCUCGACACGGCGUCGAUGUUGAAGAUUUCGGCGGAGAGACACAAGUUGUUUGUGUCAGUGGCAAGACUGGUCAAGGCAUGGAUGAGCUGGAAGAAGCUGCAGUGGCAUUGUCUGAUGUUCUCGACAUGCGAGCGGAGACCGAUGGUCAAGCUGAAGGCUGGGUACUCGAAGCAAGUAUCAAGUCUGUGGGCAAAGUCGCCACUGUUCUCGUCCGAAGAGGAACAAUGCGCCCAGGUGAUUCCAUCGUGGCAGGCAAGACAUGGGCUCGAAUCCGCUGUCUCCGCAACGAAGCUGGCAUUGAGAUUGAGGAAGCAGGUCCGGGAACUCCAGUCGAAGUUGACGGAUGGCGUGAACAGCCGCUUGCAGGUGAUGAGGUUCUCCAGGCUGUUGACGAACAAAAGGCCAAGAGCGUGAUCGAUUACAGACUUGAGAGAGAAGAACGUGACAGAAUGGCCGAAGAUAUGGAAGCCAUCAACGAGAACCGCAAAGUCGAGCAAGAAAAGCGCGAUCGCGAGAAAGCGGAAGCUGAGGCCGAAAAGCAGGGUCGUGCUUUGGAUAUUCCUGAGCAAAAGGCUGGUGGACCUAAGCAAGUCUACUUCAUCGUUAAAGGCGACGUCAGUGGUUCCGUUGAAGCAGUCAUGGACAGUAUUGCCGCGCUCGGCACUAAAGAAGUCCACCCACAUAUUCUCCGUUCUGGCGUUGGACAACUCUCCGAGUUUGACAUUGAGCACGCAGCAGCUGCCAAGGGUCAGCUUAUUAACUUCAACACUCAAGUAGAACCUCAUAUCUCUCGUGCUGCUGAGCAAGCCAAAGUUAAUAUCAUUAACGAGAACAUCAUCUAUCGGUUGGUGGAGAAUGUCAAGGCUGAGCUAAGCAAGCAUUUGCCGCCACUGAUUACCCAGAGAGUGCUAGGUGAGGCGGAUGUUUCAAAUAUCUUCUCCAUUACCGUCAAGGGAAGGCAGCAGAAAAAUGUUGCUGGUUGCAAGGUUAGAAACGGGGUAAUUGGAAAGAACGCCAAGGUUAGAGUGAUCAGGCAUGGCGAGAAGGUCUAUGAUGGCUCCCUCGCCUCCCUCAAAAACGUCAAGAAAGAUGUCAUGGAAAUCAAGAAUGGCGCUGAGUGCGGUAUGAGCUUCACGGACUGGUUCGAAUUCCAAGUCGGGGACCGAAUUCAGUCUUACGAGCAGAAAGAGGAGAAGAGAUACUUGUAA